AUGUGAAGAUGGCGGAGCUGCAGAUGCUGCUGGAGGAGGAAAUCCCGGGCGGGCGCCGGGCCCUCUUCGACAGCUACACCAACCUGGAGCGGGUGGCCGAGUACUGCGAGACCAACUACAUCCAGGUGCCUAAACUGUUCAGGCUGUCAGUCCAUUAGGAGGCUAAUGGUUUUGGCAGAUCCUGUUAAUUAAAUGUGAGGAUUUUUAGCCUCCAUGUCUAGGUAACGGGAUAACCAAAAUAUCUCCUUCCUGUGGAAUGGCAUCAGUAAUGAGGCUCAUGUAGCUAGGAGAAAAAUCAGACUGAUACAGUCAGCAGAUAAACAGCGAGCCUUAGAAGAAACCAAAGCCUACACAACCCAGUCCUUAGCAAGUGUAGCUUAUCUGAUCAACACUUUGGCCAACAAUGUUCUCCAAAUGCUGGAUAUCCAGGCAUCCCAGCUUCGGCGCAUGGAAUCUUCAAUCAACCAUAUUUCACAAACAGUGGACAUUCAUAAAGAGAAAGUUGCUAGAAGAGAAAUUGGCAUUUUGACUACGAACAAAAACACCUCAAGAACCCACAAAAUCAUUGCACCAGCCAACCUGGAGCGACCAGUUCGCUACAUUAGAAAACCUAUUGAUUACACAAUUCUAGAUGAUAUUGGACAUGGAGUGAAGUGGUUGCUUAGAUUUAAGGUUAGUACACAGAAUAUGAAGAUGGGUGGGCUGCCUCGUACCACUCCACCUACCCAGAAACCGCCCAGCCCACCAAUGUCAGGAAAAGGAACGAUUGGGCGUCACUCUCCCUAUCGCACACUGGAGCCUGUGCGUCCUCCAGUGGUACCAAAUGACUAUGUACCUAGCCCAACACGUAAUAUGGCUCCCUCGCAACAGAGCCCUGUUAGAACAGCUUCUGUGAAUCAGAGGAAUCGCACAUACAGCAGCAGUGGGAGUAGUGGAGGGAGCCACCCAAGUAGUCGGAGCAGCAGUCGAGAGAACAGUGGAAGUGGAAGUGUGGGUGUACCUAUUGCUGUCCCCACUCCAUCUCCUCCUAGUAUGUAUCCAGCCCCUGCUGGCUCAGCUGGCACUUCUCCCCUUCCUGCUACCUCUGCACCUGCUCCUUCCCCCCUUGCUCCUGCUACUGCCCCCUCCGCUGCCCCAGAUGCUGCUGCUGCAGGAGCCCAGCCUCUUGCUGAUGGCUUCACCACCUCUCCAACUCCCCCUGCUGUUUCUUCCACUCCCUCAGCAGGUCACCCAGUUCAGUUCUACAGCAUGAACAGACCUGCCUCCCGGCACACACCCCCAACAAUAGGGGGCUCUUUACCAUACAGGCGCCCUCCUUCCAUCACUUCACAAACAAGCCUUCAGAACCAGAUGAAUGGAGGGCCUUUUCAUAGCCAGAACCCAGUAUCCCUUGCUCCUCCUCCUCCUUCCAUCCUACAGGUAACUCCACAGUUGCCACUGAUGGGAUUUGUGGCCAGAGUUCAAGAAAAUAUUUCAGAUACUCCCCCUCCUCCUCCACCUGUAGAUGAGCCAGUCUUUGAUGAGUCCCCACCUCCACCCCCACCCCCAGAAGAUUAUGAAGAGGAGGAGGCAGCUGUGGUGGAGUACAGUGAUCCUUAUGCUGAAGAGGACCCUCCAUGGGCACCAAGGACCUAUUUAGAAAAGGUCGUGGCGAUUUAUGACUACACAAAAGACAAGGAGGACGAGCUCUCAUUUCAGGAAGGUGCCAUCAUUUACGUCAUUAAGAAGAACGAUGAUGGGUGGUAUGAGGGUGUCAUGAAUGGAGUGACGGGGCUCUUCCCAGGGAACUAUGUGGAGUCCAUCAUGCACUACUCUGAGUGAAGACCACAGGUGCAGCUCUGCACCCUGCUCCACAGGAACUGUCAGGGCACCUCAGCUCUACACCAGCCCCUAGGGGCCCACCCAAGUGAACUGAAUGAAGGAUAAUUGUAACACAACCACUCUUGUUUUUUGCUUUUUUCAUUAUACAAUAGCGAUUUGAGUUGUUUGAACAAAUGGCUCUUCCAGCUGCCAGCAGUGGCUGUGCCUGACGUUGAAUAAGCCGACCCGUUCAGAUGUAGAUAGUGGAGAUGUAACGAACUUGUUGAGUAGCUGAUACUUGACUAAAAUUCAGACUGAUUCAUGUGUGAUCUGGGAUCUUUCUCAGGAAUACUGUAUGCCCCUGUGAUGAUAUCUCUGGCAUUAGCGCCUGGCACCGGACAUCCUGGAUGCUAGUGCAAAGGGAUUAAUGUAACUGGAGGCUCACAGAGCUGGCUUGGGUUCACUUACCUUUCAGUUUAGAUAAUUAAGAUGGAUGCAGCCCAGAAGACCUCACCAUUGUGUAAUCGUAGUCUUUUGACUGCCCCAGGUUAGAUCUGUGUUAUGCACUGCUGUAGAAAGUGAUCCCCAUUGGCAUGAGCUUCCAAACUGCUGGGGCGGAGGGGUUAAGCUGAACACAAAUGCAGUUUGUGGUGAGGGGGAAGUUAAGUUUAUAGGUUCCUAGGGAGUCUGAGGCUAACUCUAGGAGUUAAGGUUUGAAUCUAUUCGUGCAUCCUUGCAUGAGACAGAUCAUUCAUCCUAAAUGUCAGUAUUAUGCACAGUGUAAUUUUUAAAAAACCCAAUCAGGUCUUGUAAAUUGGCUCUUUUGUACUUUGGUUCCAGAUCUGAGUAUAUGCUGUGACCGCCCUGUGCAGAGGCAGGACAAAGAGCAGUUGUCGUCUUCAGGUCUAUUACCAAAAUCUCCUCUCAGUGGAAGUAAAAAGGGCUGCCAUAAGCUUUGGUUUUCCAUGGAAAGCUAUGCACAAAAUGGUCAUUAUUUUAGCUCUUUUCCCUACCCCUCCCAGUGUUUAUAAAAUAGUAAAUACCUUUCAUAGCUAUACCUAGCCAGGUGUGAAUCACACACUGUAAAGGUUUCACGGACACUUGUAGGUUGCUUUUUAAUACUGUCUCAGAUGAAAAUGCCGCCACUUGAGUUGGCUUCUUCACAGAUCAGCGUAAAGAACUCUGAAUGGUCAUCUGUGCCAGUUUAGGAAGAACUUCAAACAAAAGAGGAGUGUUAACGUAAUUCAUUAACACAGCAAACUGAUUGACCUGCUGUUGUAGUCCCACCUUCUGGAGGAGGGCAGCCUAUGUACAUUUAGUCUGAGCUCCCAUAAUAGGGAGAUACCGAGCAAGGUUUCUUCCUGAACUAUUUUUAUUUGAGCCAAGGUGAAAUUCCAGCCAGUACCAACAGUGGCUUAUUCAAGUCUAGAUAAUGCUGCAGCUGUCUGCUAAGGCAUGUGUAUACAAUGGAAUAUUGCAGGGAGAGUAGUAGAGAUAACUAACUGGAGGCUGGUUUUCCUUCCUUCUUAGUAAAGUCAAGCCAGUCUCAUAACUCAUAGCUCGUGUGAUAUCUUGCCUGAGAUGUGCAUUUCGAACAAGCAGGGACACUUUGGCUAGAUGGGACCUUUGCUAAACUGAUGCAUCAAUCUGAGGGGGCGGGAAAGGAAUGGACAACUUGUGCCAUUCUUCCUUAUACUCCUGGAUAUAAAGUCUCCUUGGAGCUUUUCUGCCUCCCAGUACUCAGCUGGCACUGGAGCCUAGAUGCUGUCAUGUCCUUGUCAGGAAGCUUCUCCACUUAAUUACCCCUUCUAGCUGUCUGUUGCAAAAAUAGUUUCAUUGAGCUGCAGCUUUCAAGCCCUGCCACUCUGCAGUCUGCCAGGGCUCAUCUCAUUGCUGCCUAUCUGGAUGGUGGCAAUUGCUUGAUGAAUUAGGUGACACUGACUCAAAAAAAAAAAAAAUCCCUUUUGGGUUUUUUGUCUCCUAGUAGCAAAAUGGAUGAAAACAGACAUUGCCGGGUGUCUUUGUAGGAGUGUCUGGGUGAGAGAAAGCUAGGCAGUUACCUUACACCAUGCUUGGGCUACUGUUAGAUUCUAAGGCUUGGCUACACAGGAAGUUGUUAUGAAAUGACAUAGGAUGUGAAUUUGAAGUACAACAGCUAUUCUGGGCCAUUUUGUCAUAUAGAGGAGCCCCAAGGGCAUGUCUGCACUGCAAGUACUAGGGGAACCCACCUGCUCACAACAUGGCUAAAGCACAGCUGCAUUGUGUAGUGUAAAUGCGGACCCCACCCACACCUCAGAGUGCUUGGUGAGAUGGGCACAUGGUUAGGGUCCCAUCUACUCCACAGACCAGAUGUUCUUUUUCUGAGUCUGAGACAUCGAUGUUGUAAGUGGUGCCCUGAUCUGGAUAUGCUUGUGGUACAGACUGGGCACAGAAUCAAUAUUCCUUAAACGAGCUGUUUCCAUUGGCAAGAUGUCUGGUGUGGCGAGCUCACAAAGCAAAGGAUUUGUAGAGUCCAGAAUAUCCUGACCCCUUGCCAGCAGACAAGAUGGUGCAGGCAGCUCCUCGCCAAAGUGGGCUUGUGUUUUGUUUGUUCCCUGCUGACAACAUGACACUUACGAGGUGGUUCAUCCUGCAGAGCUGCUGGGGAGGGAGUUUCUGGGUCACCUCCUGCUGGUUUCAUGCUUUUUUAUGCAGUACUAAUGUUGUAAAAAACACUUGUUGGGUUUUAUGCAUAUUUUUUAUUUUGUACAGUUUUGAAUUCUGUAGAUUGUCCAGGGAUGAUGCUAUGUAAUGAGCAUAGACCAGGCCCAAAGUAAUUGGAUUUUGUAUGUACUCUUACAUAGACUGCAUGCUAUUAACGUCAGUGAGGGUUGUGUUUCCAAUUCUAUCAUUUGUAAUCCCUCCCCCCAUCUCCUUUUCCCCUUUUAUUUAAAAGGGAUGGGGGCUUGGGCAAUAGGCUAUUCAAAUAGAGGCAGAACUUCUUUGCACAGAGUCCUGUCAAAGCUAAAAUGAAGGUGUUAAGAAUUACAAGCUGUUGAUCAUUCAGUGUUUUUCUCGCUUUAGAGGCAGUGGAUGGGUAGUAGAAAAGGACACAGCAGAAUAGCCCAAAGGUCAAAAUACUAAUUCUCAACACCCCCCCCCCCCCAAAACACUGCUUUUUUCCAAUCCACAAAAAGUAGGGGUAGAUUGUAGAUUUGUCUCCCUUUACUCUAGGUGAAGUGUAGCAAAGUCAGGGGCAUCUCCUCUCUCCCAUGUAAGUCUCAGGUUACCCGUGCCCCUCUUUUCUCACUCAAUGCAGUCCCUCAUUACUGUGAGGGUGGGCCAGGCCACGAUCUGCGCUGCAUAGGGAAAUGGGAAUAGUUGCAGGAUGUCAACAUGAGGGGUUUUCCUAGGACUACAGGUAGCGACACCUGGGCUAAAGCGUGCUGAAAGUCCUGUCAUUGCUUGCUGGUAUAUUUUUGGGGGGUGUGGGAGAGCUGCUCUUCACACAACACAAUUUGUUCAGUGAGGGAUGCUCACCUUUUGCCAGCAGUGCCAGAGGCACCAGUCCGCCCCUCUUGGGGGGGGGGGGGGGAGAGAUGGGACAGUUUUUGCAAGGUGGUAAAAUAAACCCUGCCCUUUGACGCUGAGUCCAACAUUGCUGUGCUGUCUGGUAACAAACUCUGAGCACACUCCUUGGGGCUUUUCUGCUGUGUGCCAGUGGAGACUAGGAUCUAGUCUUCCUAAAGGGCUUGUGUUUCUAGUCUUAGCCUGCUGCCCUAACAUUAGAGAGGGUUCCCCUACAGAAGAUGGGGCUGUGAAAUUGGGGCACUGUGUAAGUUGAAAAUUACUUAGGGCCCUGCCCCACUGGGAGCAGAACAGGGCAUGUAAGAAAUGGGGCAGAGUGAUUAGGGUCUAAGCUAUGAAUGUUGAAGCCCUCUGCUCAGGUAAUCACUGCAGGACACCAGGAGCUGGUUUCCAAAUGAAGGGAGCAGCACUAUAGGUACACUUUGGCCAUAGCAGUUUUUGAAAACGGGAAAGUGCACAGAUGUUGCAUUUGCCAAAGGGGUAAUCUUGCUUCAUGCCUCUCUAGUGGCAAAACCAAAUUUCCUGCUCUGGCAGCCUGAUGCUGAAUUUGCAUUUUUCUGGAUAAUGCUCUAAUACACAGUGGAGAAAAUAACGCAAGAUUUUUAUAUUCAAUAGCUGACCUCACUAGUUCCAUGGACCUAGUGCUUUAUUUUGAAACUCCAAAAAUAGUGCACCCCAGCCCCAUCUUUAGGAAGAUACUUGAAAGCUAAAUCAAAGACCAUGGUCCACUUCUGCUUUCAUUUGUAAUCAGUGUGUUCUGUGCAACUUCCAUGGCCAAAAGUGGAGUCUAAGGGUACAGUAAACAUGCUGAUUCUAUUCACACAUUGCACUGUUGCUCUUACAAGGCACGUCACAACAGGGUGUUUGAUAAAGCCUCUGUGGCAGGCUGUUAAGAGGUAGCCUUUCAACCCACCACCUGACUCGGCCGAUAAAAAAGAGAGCUGUGUACAAAUUGGUUUCAAGGUUAAGUGCUGACAUCUGAGAUUUUUGUGAACAAGUGCUUAUUUUCAUCUUUGAAGAGUGUCUUUUGCAACUUGUAAGAACACAUGGUUCCUAUGACUUUUCUGGAAAAACAUCACUUGUCCUUUUCCUGUACAUUUUUUUCUUCAAAAAAUAAAACACCCAAUUUGGCUCAGUCUAAUAA